AAAGACUAUUAUCCCAGGAGGUCAACCUUUUCACUUUACCUUCCAUUGAAUAUUAUAGACAUAUAAGAGACAAUUUAUUAAACUCUCAUUUGCUUGUGUUUUCUGGCAAAGGAGAGUGCUGUUUGGACUGGGGAAUGACACAGACUCGUGAUGGAUUCUGCCAGGAGACCCUGUUUAAUAUCUGUGUGUUUAUCAGUACUGGCAGCCACUUGUCUUCCAUGCUCUGGCUCCCCAGGCCCCAGCCUGUGGGGUAAGAAAGUGGUGUUCAUGGGCCGUCACUGUGUGUGGCAGCUGGAUAAGGGGUGCGUAGUGCCUCCCCUGGAAGAGCUCAGUGUGUGUGUGCACCUACACCGGGAGAUCGCAACAUCUGAGUGGACAGGCUUUGUGUACAAGGCGCCUGGCGAGAGACAGGUAGAGCUGGGUCUUGCAGGCCGAGGAGGGUUCCUGGUGGCAUGGCUGUUUGGGCAUCAGUGGUCCGUACCAGAGGAUCUGCCCCUGAAAUGCUGGCACAAUGUCUGCCUCACCUGGUCCAGCCACUCCGAGAGGCUCCGGCUCUACAUCAAUGGGAGCAGUUGCCUGGACGCCCAUGUUAACGCCACCCUGCCCCGGCGACUGGCCCACAAUGGCACCCUGACCUUGGGGGUGUCCCAUAACAUAGUGGGUGGGGUGAUGGAGUUUGAGAAUGGAAAGAACUUCCUGGGGGCCAUCAGCCUGUUCAGGAUGUGGGGGCAUGAGCGGACAGCUGAGGAGCUGAGGGCCCAGAGCUGUAUUAUAGGGAACGUGGUGAGAUGGGACAACAACGACUGGGAUUACCAGAUUUGCCUACCUGAAGAUGACACCAACAUCCAGUGUGGGGCUUUCCCCAAUGUGACAGCCUCUCCUCCCACUGUCACCAACACCAGUCCUGGUUCACCAACCAGCACUAAUACAUCAGACCCUGUAACCCCUACAGAGACACAGCAACCACCCCUUGGAUUGCCUGUAAGUCCCACUGGCCUGUCUACAACCAAAGAACCUUCAGACCUCAACUCAACAGGAACAGGCAUUGCAUCCACCUUCUACAGAGUUCAAAUGAAGCUGAACAUGACAAUGACUGUAACUGGCAGCGACCCAGGGGAGACCAUUCAGACGUGGGUUCAGAGAAAGCUUGGGGAAGUCAGGAUGAACGCAUUACAUUUCCAAAUAUUUAAAUCGACUUAUAAGGACAAUGAUAAAAAAGAGACUCAAAGGUUGGAGAUGGCUGCUGAGCUGAGAAAUCAGAAAAGGUUUAGAUGUACCUUCCAUGUUCAGGAUGCUGAUGCACGGAACGUCAUGACCACUCAGAGACUCAUCAAUGACCUUCUGUCCAGGAUCCAUUUUGGUGGAGAGAUCCAGGUAGACAGCAGAGACGUUCACGUCUCACAUAUAGAUCCAGGGAGCUGUCCUGAGGACACCCAUGAGAGUAUCAGGGGUGUGUAUAUAUGGCCAAUCAAAGAUGCCCAGAAGACAGAAACUAUGAUCUGUGAGAAGAACAGUGGUGCCAGGGCUUCCAGGAAAUGUGAGUUGGAUGGAGUGACUGAGAAGGCCAAAUGGGCUGAUCCAAACCUGAAGGCAUGCAAGCCAAUGAUCACCAUCUCUGAUCUGGACAAUGUCACCGUCACAGCAAACAACUCAGCAGAUGUGGUGGACAUGAUUGAGGACCUGCUGGGUGUCGAGGGGGACCUGAGUGACUCCCAGCUGGCCACCGUGGUCCAGAAGCUGGAUGAGGUUCUGGGGGUCAGCACAGUGACCCCUGCCCUUGGCGAGGACAUUGUCAGCAUAAUCGCUGACAUCCUGGGGUCCAGUUCUAACCUAUCAUUGGUCGCCAACGACAUACUGGGUAUCACAGGCAGCGUUGGGGACCAGAUGGAUUUUCCUGAGGAGUCACAGAAUGUGACCGUCCCCUCCCUGGCUCUCUCCAUGAUCAACGUAGAUCCAGAGCAGUUCCAGGGCCUCACGUUUGGCGUGUCCUCCUUUUCAACUGGCCUUGCUCCAGAGAUCUUUGUCAACCAGACAUUCCUGACUCAGCCUUGCGACGGCACAGUGGCGUCCAUCUCUCUGCCCCGUGCCCUUCAGAACUUCUUCCCCGAGGGAAACAAAAAAAAGCGAGUUCAGUUCCACUUCUAUGGCACACAGGAGCUCUUCAAGGUGAUGACGUAUGAGGAUCCAGAGAUCAACUGGACGCUGAAUAGUUACGUGGUGUCUGCCAGUGUCAAUAACAGCAAUGUCAGCAACCUCGGGAAUCCCGUGGUGGUGACACUUACUCACCUCAAGCCCAAAGAGAAAAACGACAAGGUGGAGUGUGUGUAUUGGGAGUUCCAGAAGAACAAUGGGAGUGGUGGGUGGGACAGCAACGGCUGUGAGACACUACCAAGCAUCUCCGCUUAUCAGACCACCUGCCACUGUUACCACCUGACCCAUUUUGGCGUGCUCCUGGAUGUGUCCAGGACUCCUAUCAGUGAGGCUGACCAGGAGACACUGAUGGUCAUCUCCUACUUGGGCUGUGGUGUGUCCUCCAUCUUCCUGGGCAUCAGCCUGCUCACCUACAUGGUCUUUGAGAAGCUGCGUCGAGACUAUCCGUCUAAGAUACUCAUCAACCUCUCUGUGGCUCUGCUGGGCCUCAACCUGGUUUUCCUGAUGGACUCUUGGCUGUCCUCCUUCGGCUUCUACAGCCUCUGUAUCACCACGGCAGCCAUGCUGCACUACUUCCUGUUAGCCUCAUUUACCUGGAUGGGCCUGGAGGCUGUCCACAUGUACUUCUCUCUGGUCAAGGUCUUCAACGUUUACAUCCCCUCCUACAUCCUCAAGUUCUGCACCCUCGGCUGGGGCAUUCCUCUGGUGGUUGUCAGCCUGGUCCUGGUCAUAGAGAAGGAUGCCUAUGGCAAUGUUCUAUCUGGGGACUCCCUUGACUCUUUACAGGGCUCAGAGCCAUUCUGUUGGAUUCAGAGUAAGGUUUUCUUCUACAUCACCAUCGUGGCAUUCGUGCUACUGGUCCUGGUCUUUAACAUGGUCGUGUUCAUCAUGGUUCUGAUCCAGAUCCGACACAUGCAGACCAAUAAUCCUGCAGCUACAGUAAACAAGCGCAGUGUCAUGCAUGAUCUGAGGGCGGUGGCCAGUCUCACCUUCCUAUUGGGUCUCACCUGGCCAAUAGCCUUUUUUACCUGGGGACCGGCCAGGGUACCUAUGCUCCACCUCUUCUCAGUCCUCAACAGUCUGCAAGGGUUCUUUAUCUUUGUGUUCCACUGCCUGAUGAAAGAGAAUGUGAGGAAGCAGUGGAGGAUCCAUCUGUGCUGUGGCCGAUUGAGGCUCAAUGACUACUCAGAUUGGAGCCGCUCCAUGACGAUGGGCGGCAGGACCAAGCAAAACCAUCUGGUGCACCGCUUUCCGUCUGUCAAGUCUGUCAACACCUCCUCUCGGAAGAUCUCUGAUGACUCCACUACAGCUAGCGGUAGCUCUUCCCCACCCUACCACCAGUGGGCCUAGUCUACUGUAGCUCCACCAGGGGGCCUAGUCUACUGUAGCUCCACCAGGGGGCAUAGUCUACUGUAGCUCCACCAGGGGGCAUAGUCUACUGUCGCUCCACCAGUGGGCCUAGUCUAGUUCCACAAAGGGUAUUAACUUGGCUCCACCAGGGGGCCUAGCCGGGCUCACAACAUAGUGCCAUAAUACCACUCACCUGGAACAAUGAGAAACACUUGAGCUCAUGACACCAUAGCAGACACCUAAGUUCAGUCCAUUCUGAAUUACACUGUGAAAAGUCCAGAUACUCGACUGAUUCUAUCUAAAUGACCAGUAUCCUUCCCACGAACUGCUGUAUGUCUCUCUGCAGUGCAGUCUCUCUGCAGUGCAGUCUCUGCAGUCUCUCUGCAGUGCAGUCUCAUCAUCCUCGGGAGAUAUUCAUUCAUACUCUAUGUGCAAGUAUUAGCCUGUUCUGUGCUUUAAAGGACAUAAGCUCUAUUAUUAUAGGACAGGGAGGCAAGUAGCCUAGUGGUUAAGCAUUUUGGUUCCAGUAACCGAAAGGUUGCUGGUUCGAAUCCCCAAGCCAACCAGGUGGAAAAUCUGUUUUCUGUACCUUUGAGCAAGGCACGUGACCCUAAUUGCUACUGUAAGUCACUCUGGACAAGAGCAUUUGCUGAAUGACAAAAAGAAAGUUGACUUCAUGUCAGACUACUGUUGUAGAGUAUGAUCAAUAUUUUGAUACUUUAUGCAUUCUCUUUGUUAAAUGACAUUUCUCUUUCUCAAAAUCUGUUUCUGUUCUUCUUUUCAUGAUGUUAAAUAAAUAAAACAUACACAUAGUGAAGUUUAAAGAGUCAA